AUGGCGACGACUCCCACCCCCCGCCGCGGCAGCCUUGGCGGCGACGACGACGCUGGACUGCCUCGCAUCGCCGACACACCUGCAGACCUGCGGCGAGACGACUCGACUCUGACGGCCGAGCUCCCUGAGCCCCUCCAAGGCAGCGACGACGACACAAGCGAGAAUGUGGGCUUUGCCCAGACCAGCCCCAUGGCUGUGAACAUGAACCAGAGCAUCUUUGGUUUGAUUGCCGCUGCAGGAUCCCGGGUCGACUUCAACACCCGCUUUGACGACGGCAGCAGUGACGAGGACGACGGCGAAGGUGAGGACGAAGAAGGGAGCCGUCUGAAACCACUAGGCUCCCGGCACCGCGACCUUUCACAGACGGCUAUACUGGGGUCAUUCCCCGCCAAGGAUAAACGGCUCGGGCACAAGAAGAAGCUUUCUGGUCACAGGCUCUUGAAGUCGUUUGCCUCGUUGCCUAGAAGGAAGAGCGGCAGAGGCUCUGGCAAGAUGUGGGAGCCUACCGAGGAGGUGGACGAGCCGAGCGAGUCGAGUCAAUCACCCUCUCCCAAGAAGCCCUCCCAACAGCUAGAGGAGGAGGAGGAGGAUCUCCGAGUCGCACCCGUCAUGAGCCGAAUGCUAGAGGCCCAGGCCGAAAUGGCCAGCCGGUCUAGCUUUGAUAUUGAUAUUGAAAGAGACUCUUCCGGCCCCGAUCGAACAGACGAAGGAGAGGAAGAGGGAGAAGAGGAGGGAGAAGCAAGCCAUGUCACAGCCUUGGCAAGGAAAUUAAUGGAGAUAUUUGACUUUGAUGAGCCAGAGCGUGUUAUAGAAGAGUAUCCGUGUUGGUUGCUCAAAAGCGUAUUGCUACAAGGCUAUCUAUACAUUACUUCGAAGCACAUUUGCUUCUAUGCCUAUCUUCCAAAAAAGACACAAUCCGUAACCAAAUCUGGUUACCUAUCAAAAAGCGGGAAACGUAACCCAAAGUACAGCCGUUACUGGUUUCGUCUCAAAGGCGACGUGCUCUCGUACUACCAGGAUUCCACUAACCUCUACUUUCCACACGGCCACAUUGAUCUCAGCUUCGGCAUCUCUGCUAGCGUCACAGACAGAGACAAGGAAGGCGUGCAUUUUUCAGUGGUAACAAGCCAUCGCACCUACAACUUCAGAGCCGAGAGUGCGCCGAGUGCCAAGGAAUGGGUCAAGAGUUUACAGAGGGUCAUUUUCCGAAGCCAUAAUGACGGCGACAGUGUCAAGAUAUCUAUUCCCAUCAACAACGUCAUUGACGUGGAGGACUCUCAGAUGAUGGAGUUUUCAGAUACCUGCAAGAUUCGAGUCAUGGACAGUGACGAAACGUUUGCUAUCGACGAGUAUUUCUUCUCCUUCUUCAACUACGGAAAAGAGGCCAUAGACGUUAUCAAGGAUUUGGUAGAAGACGCAUCCGCCGAGGGCCCGACGGCUGGUAAAGCCAUUGCCAAACAAGAAGAGUCCUCCAAUCCGUCAUCGCCUCGCGCCCCGGGAAGCGCUUUCCGAAAUUUAACUCGCGUGGAUAGCGCACUUACCACGAAACUUGGCCCGGGACUGGUAGCUGAUCAUUCGACAUCACGCAGUUCCACAAAAAGGGACAGUCACGAUGAGGAUUCUCGAGGACGAUCCAGCGACAAUAAAAGAUCAGAAGGUAGCCAUCAGGGUGAAGAGCGAAUAUCAUCACGGAUGCUCGAAUCGUCCGAGUCAAAUCUGUACUCAUCAAUGGAAGAACCAAGCUUCGCUAGUCUCAACGAAUCUGCUUUUGAAGAUCCUUCUGCAAGUCAGAUCCUCAGAGGCAGUGACGUCUUCCAAAACCCGACCAUGAGACACUCACAAAGCUCCAUCCGUGACGACAAGGAAUCAGACCUUCAGCCGGCUGUUUCUACACCAAGCCAUGCUGAAGGGUCCGGCUAUGCUGGGUCUGUUGACCUCCCACGAGUGUCAACGCCAACGUUGCAGAGCAUUACGAGAAUGGGCGCAUAUCCCUUGCAACGAGCUGGUGCGUUUGCCGAUUAUCUGAACAAGACAGGCAAGCGAAUGAGCACCCUCCUUGCCACGGAAUCUAUGGGCUAUGUCGAGAAAGUUUCCGGCAUGUGGAAAGGUGAACGCAAGCAUUACGAUGAACCUGCCGGCCUGCGACCCGACGAGGAUGACCUGGAAGAGGACGAUGACGGCCAGAUCAAGACAUCUAAUGAACGGUUUCGAGCACAUUUCGCACUCCCUGCCACAGAACGGCUGCAGGCUACGUAUUUCGGAUACAUUAUGCGCGUCCUGCCGCUGUACGGUAAAAUCUAUCUCAGCGGUGGAUAUUUCUGCUUCCGAAGCUUGCUCCCCGGUACGAGGACGAAGUUGAUUCUCCCCCUGAAAGAUAUCGAGAAUGCGCAUAAAGAGAAGGGUUUUCGCUUUGGGUACUCUGGUCUGGUAGUUAUCAUUCGUGGGCAUGAAGAGCUCUUCUUCGAAUUUCGACAAGCUGAGAUUCGUGACGACUGUGCAGUGACGCUGCUGCAGUGCCUGGAAAUCGAUCGCAAUCUUCAAGGAUCUGGACUCUUGUCACUGGCAUCCAAAGAGGAAGCAAACGCUGCGAUCGCAGAGCGGGAGGCCUUGAAACUAGCAGGACAAGAGACGUUUACAGACCGCGAACCUCGAGUACCGCAGUCAACCACUCAUGCCGCCAAUAUCUUGGGAGACGACCUAGAAACAUCGGUGAUACAGUUCAAGGCACCGCAUUCAAUGAGAAUCACAUGCCUAACAAUCGGUUCCAGAGGCGAUGUUCAGCCUUACAUCGCAUUGUGCAAGGGAUUGCUCAAAGACGGCCACAAGCCGAGAAUUGCCACACACGCAGAAUUCCAGGGAUGGAUCGAAUCACAUGGUAUUGAAUUUGCGUGUGUCGAGGGUGAUCCCGGAGAGCUCAUGCGCCUCUGCAUUGAGAACGGAACAUUUACGCUUUCGUUCCUUCGGGAAGCUAAUGCAACAUUCCGAGGCUGGCUCGAUGAUCUUCUUGAUUCCGCUUACAAGGCUUGUGAAGGGUCUGAGCUUCUCAUCGAGUCGCCGUCAGCCAUGGCAGGAAUCCACAUUGCAGAGAAGCUUGGGAUUCCGUAUUUCAGAGCAUUCACGAUGCCGUGGACGAGGACACGAGCGUACCCCCACGCCUUCAUUAUGCCGGAAAACAAGAUGGGCGGUGCCUACAACUACAUGACCUAUGUCAUGUUUGACAACAUCUUUUGGAAGGCUACCGCUCAUCAGGUCAACAGAUGGAGGAACAAAACGCUUGGACUGCCAAAUACCGGGUUGGAGAAAAUGCAGCCUAACAAGGUGCCUUUCUUAUACAAUUUCAGCCCGAGUGUCGUCGCGCCUCCUCUGGAUUUCUCAGAUUGGGUCAGAGUCACUGGCUACUGGUUCCUGGACGAAGGCGGCGACUAUGAGCCUCCUCAGGAGCUGCGAGACUUUAUCCAGAAGGCAAGGGCUGAUGGCAAAAAGAUUGUAUAUGUCGGAUUUGGUUCCAUUAUCGUCAACGACCCGGCCAAGAUGACCCAGGAGGUGAUUGACGCCAUCCUUAAGGCUGAUGUCCGAUGCAUUCUCUCCAAGGGAUGGUCUGAUCGCAUCACUGGCAGGGACGAACCCACUAGACCGCUUGCUGAAGAGCCGGUGAUGCCACCGGAGAUUCACGUCAUCAAAUCUGCUCCACACGACUGGCUAUUCCGACAGAUUGACGCAGCAGCGCACCACGGCGGAUCAGGAACCACUGGCGCCAGCUUGAGGGCUGGUAUACCGACCAUCAUCCGGCCUUUCUUUGGAGACCAAUUCUUCUUUGCUAGCCGUGUAGAAGAUUUGGGCGUUGGCGUUUGGGUCAAGAAGUGGGGAACGAAAUCGUUUGGCCGGGCUCUUUGGGAAGUCACGCGUAACGAGCGAAUGAUUGUCAAAGCCCGGCAGCUGGGUGAACAAAUUCGCAGGGAGAGCGGUGUUGAAACUGCGAUUCAGUCUAUAUACCGAGACAUGGAAUAUGCAAAGAGCCUGAUUAAGCAUACAGAUGGACAUUUAGAAACAGAAGAAGACGAAGACACGGAAGAGAGCUGGACAUUUGUCCGCGGCGACGAGCCGGAUCCAGACGUGAUUACGACAAAGUUGAGCGAAGGUUUGGAAGGCGUAGCAUUGGGAAACAAUAGCAAGGCGUCAGGCAAGGCAUAGUAAGAUGGAACCUAACGAAUAUGUCUUUUCGGGUUGUUUUUCUUUUCUUUCUCUUUUUUUCCUUAUUUUUGGAUGAGCGGAUUACAGGAUUUCUACAUGCAAACCCUAGAGAUGAGUUUUUUUAAUACUUGGUUUCUCUUUCUCUUUUUUCCUUUGCUUUUUUUUUUUUCCUUUUAUUCCUUUACUUGGGAGAUUGGAUCUAGCUCGUCAUACUUUUAAGUCGAUGAACAUGAGAUGAGAUGAUAAUGUGUUGGGUGGAGAUUCGGGUUUACGACGAGAUUGGAUGAGUGCUAUGACUGCGGUCUUAUUGGCUGGAAUAGAUUUUGCGCUAUAGAAUGAAGAAUGCAAAGCUAAAUCGCACUUUUGGUAUAAUACUUGUAGAUGAUAUGUCGAGACGUAUGUCGACUGUAAAAAAGAGAAUAUACUCGAGCACCAUGGAGAGAAUGAGAGGAUAAGAAGUGUUCAAGUAGUAAAUGAGUAAAUGAGUAAUACUUGUUCAUAAAAUAGUCGGCUGGUAUCGUAAUAAAUCAUAGCUAACUCAUACACAGACCAAGACAUGUCAAAACACCCACAAAUACCCAAAAUCCUGUCAUUGCACGCUCGCUCAAAGUAGAUGAAGUGAAGAAAUAGAAAACCCCCGUAAAUGGCUUGUUAUACGCACAAAUCUUUCGCGUGUGGUUGUGAUCCAAGGGGGAUAGCGCCAUCCUUGGACGUGAUAUUAUUCGAGAAGCCCACCAGGGGUCGCGAAUUGGCAAUUGCCUCCCACAAAUCUAGGAACGCAUCCUCCAUGCCAUCAGUGGUUGGGUCUCGGUCCUGGUACACAAUGCGACCGGUGGCAUCUCUCACAGGCUGCCCGUUGCCGUCCACAACCGGUUCGUUCAGCAGGAGGAAAAACUCGGGCCAGUCUCGCCAGGGCGAAGUCUCCAGGGCUAUCCUCCAGAUGCCGUCUGUGUGCGCGAUGAUGGCGUCUUCCCAGCGGGCUGUCAUGUGAAGGCAUUCGCGAUACCAGUCCAUCAUGCCCUGCAUGUCCGCGCGCCACCAGCCGCCAAGGAUGGUGCCGCCAGGCAGAAUCUGCUGCCUUGAUAUAACCCAACGGGCCAAGGCGGGCCAGAAUAUCUUUUGCAGCAGGUCCAAUUUCUGCUGGCGCGUAACUCCAAACUCGCCCACCUGGAGAACAUAGAUGCGAUCGAAGCUCGCUGCCUGAACCCAGUCGCUUUCUCUAUGAGCUGUGUCGCAGUCCAUGGGGCUCUUGUGGGUAGGAU